AUGCCCGGCCUACUUCAAACGUUCCUUCUCAGCGCCGCAGCGGCGUCUUCAAACUACCGCAUAGACGUCCACUCCCACGUCGUCCCCCAGAUCUGGAAGGAUGCCAUGAUCGAAGCCGGCUACCCCGUGCAGAACGGAUCGCUCUACGCCGACGGCUUCCCAGUCCCAGACUGGACGCUCGAAGACCACAUCGCGACCAUGGACAGCCUGGGCGUGAACUACUCGACCAUCAGCAUCAGCGCACCGGGCGUCUUCUUCAUCAAAGACCCGUCCAAAGCACAGGCCCUCGCCCGCAGUAUCAACCUCGAAAUGCACACCUACACAACCCAGUACCCUGACCGUCUCGGCGCGCUCUGUCUCCUGCCUCUGCCGCAUGUGCAGGAGUCUCUGGUGGAACUUGAACACUGCCUCACAACCCUCCACUUCCCCGGCGCCGCCACCUUCACCAACUCAGCCGGCACCUACCUCGGCAACAGCACGUUGGACCCGAUCUUCGCCUCCCUCCGCGCUCACAACGCCCCCGUCUUCAUCCACCCCGCUGCCCCCGGCUGCUCCGCCGUCUCAAUGGGCUACCCCGUCCCCAUGACCGAGUAUCCCUUCGACACGGUGCGGGCCAUCGAGAACCUGCUGCUGACAGGUCAGCGCGCGCGGUACCCAGACGUGAGGAUGAUCUUCGCGCACGGCGACGGCGCCCUGCCGUACCUGGCGUCGCGGAUUGCAGGGAUGUCGUCGAUGCCGUUCCUGGGAGGACUGAGUGUGUCGGAGUCGAUGGGGCAGCUGGCGGGGUAUUUUUUCGACACGGCGUCGGCGACGUCGAGGGUGCAGUUGCAGGCGUUGAAGGAGUUUGUGGGGGUUGGUGGGUUGGUGACGGGGACGGAUUAUCCUUAUGUUCCGACGACGCAGGCUCAGCCGGCUGUGAAGGCGAUUCAGAGCAAUGGUGAGUUCAACGCUUCGGCGAUGGCGAGGAUUAAUCAUGGGAAUGCGCUGGGGAUUUUUCCGAGGGUUGCUGAGAUUCUGGGGGUGAAAUAG